GUCAACACGAAGGUUGAAUUAAUGAGUUGUUCACAGAACUUUCGACAAGCACAUGCCUACAAAAUUUACAAUUCUUAGCCUAUACUAUAAAAUCUAAGCUUGUAAUCAAUAGUGUGCAUCAUGGUGUAAGAAAAAUUAUAUGUUUAUCAACAAAAUUGAAGGAGAAACAAGAAAUUUUUAAAGCAGAUGGAUGCUGCAGCUUCCAAAUCCUUCAAGAGCUAUAGUAAGUUAGAUGAACAAACCGAGGAAGCAUUUCGCCAGAGAAGCCGUAAACGUUUCAUUAUCAUUGCCGUCUCUUCCGUCGUGUUGCUCGUAAUCAUUGUUGGUGCGUUAGUAGGCACGUUAGCGCCAAUGAACAACAAAUCGAAAGAUGGAAAUUUGCCUUCUCCAACCGAGUCCAAUAUUAGAGCUAUGUGCAACGUUACAAGGUACCCUGACUCCUGCUAUUCGAGCAUGUCUUCUGCCCUUAGAUCCUCCUCCAAUGUUACCGAUCCUCAUAAUCCUGAACCGCACGAAUUGUUUUUGUUGUCUCUAAAGGUCGCACUCAAUGAGGUCAUAAGCCUCUCUUCUUUGCCUCAAAGGAUCAUUUCCUCUCAAAUGUAUAGCAACGAGACUAAUGAUCCUCUAGUGCAGUCUGCAUUGCAUGCGUGCGAGAUCCUCUUUGCGGACGCCAUUGAUUACAUCGAGGAAUCCAUAUCAUCCAUUCAAGUGGGCCAGGAAGACAAGGGCAUGUUGGUCACCUCGAAAAUUGACGACGUCAGGACUUGGCUAAGCACAGCCAUAACGGAUCAGGAAACGUGCAUAGAUGGGUUUAAGGAUACAGGGAAGCGCCUGAUCUUAACAGAUGAAGUGAGAUAUGCUAUGACGAACUCCACAAGAUUCACGAGUAACAGCUUGGCGAUUGCUUCCAACUUAUUGACCAUUCUUGAUAAUCUCUACCUACCAAUUCAUCGCAAGCUUUUAAGGGUACCUGAUGAGCAUGGCCAUGUUGACGAUGGAUUUCCCACGUGGGUUCACAUCAGGGACAGAAGACUGCUCCUGGAGGAGAAACCCAAACCCAAUCUAACAGUAGCAUGGGAUGGAAGUGGAGAUUUUAAGAGCAUAAGCGAGGCAGUGGAAUCCAUUCCUAAGAGGAGCAAGUCAAGAAUUGUUAUUUACGUAAAAGAGGGUUUAUAUUUGGGGAAUGUGACAGUAAGCAAGGAUUAUUGGAAUGUCAUGAUUUAUGGUGAUGGAAUGAAUAAAACCAUUGUCUCCGCCAGCCAAAACGUCGUGGAUGGCGUCUCCACCUUCCUCUCCGGCACAUGCAUUGCUGCUGGGAGAGGGUUCAUUGCAAAAGACAUGGGCUUCCAGAACACAGCAGGCCCACAGAAAGAACAAGCAGUAGCGCUGCGUUCAUCGUCAGACCAAUCCAUCUUCUAUCGUUGCUCCUUUGACGCAUUCCAGGACACCCUCUACACUCAUUCAAAUCGCCAAUUCUACCGCGAUUGCCAAAUUUCAGGGACUGUAGACUUCAUCUUUGGAAAUGCGGCAGUGGUUUUUCAAAACUGUAGCAUACAACCAAGGCAACCAAUGCCACGCCAAUUCAAUACCAUCACUGCCCAAAGCAAGUCUGACCCAAAUCAAAACACAGGCAUGUCAAUCCAAGGGUGUCGAAUGAAUCCCUUCGACAACCUGACAGCUCCCACAUAUCUUGGAAGGCCCUGGAAGGACUAUGCCACUACUGUGAUUAUGCAAUCUUACAUCGGAGGCUUCUUAGACCCCGCGGGAUGGGCUUCCUGGGAAGCAAAUGUUAGUACUGUUUUCUAUGCUGAGUUUCAAAAUUUUGGACCUGGGUCAUUGACAGAUAGAAGAGUGGGAUGGCCUGGUGUUAGGCCCAAUAUUACUUCUGAAGAGGCAGAGAAAUUCACAGUGGAGGUUUUUCUUCAUGGAAGCCAGUGGCUACCACAAGCCCAUAUAAUAUUUGACGGGACAUUGUGAAAAAGAGAGAGAUGCAUAUUUUCCCUGAAUUAUUGGUGUUUACAUUGCUCAUCAUAUUCUUAUUGCAAAUGAAUUACUAGAAGAGCACAAAUACAUUUUACAGAAUCACAAUCUACAAACAUGCAAAUCACCAGCAACGGAACUUCUUUCAGAUUAUAAUGAAUUUGUAGGCAAAAAAAAUUACACAAAUCUACAAAUCUGCAAUAUCAUCUUGCCACCACAAAUGACAAUCUAAACAAAUCUGCAAAUCUAUACGGUCGCAUUUGACAUAAUUACAUAAAUCUACCAGGUGAGGCGGCGAUGAUUUGAACAAAGGCAUGAGUUGAGUCUGUCAUAGUCGCAGAGGCGAUGACCCAUGGCCAUGUGUUGUCUGUCACAGAGUCGAGAUGGGAGCUAUGGAGGGACAUGCAAAAUUGGAUAAGAGGGGAUGAGCAAUUGGAUAAGAGGGGAUGAGCAAUUGGACAAGAGGGUAUGAGCCAGCCACGCACCAAGAACCGAAUCGAGAGGAAUUGGAGAAGAAGGGGUGGUAGCGAGGGUGAGGGAUUUUAUCGGCAACGAAGUAGGAGGAGGAAGAGGGAGGGGAAAGGAUAAUAAGAAAAAGAAGGGAGGGAAACGAAAAGAAAAGGAAGAAGAGGAGGAAAAAGAUGAUGAUCACAUG